UCCGGGCUGUCACAUUGUUGCGCCAUGGCGGAGCUUGGAGUUCCCGCGGCGGCGGAGACCGGGACCGGCACCAGCAGCGAGACCAGGAUCGGCACCGGGACCAGCGCCGGGAGCGACUACGGCACCAGGACCGGCCCCGGGCCACGGGGCGGCGACCCCCCCGAUCCCGAGCGGGCCGAGUACCUCAUCAGCGGCGGCACCGGCUACGUCCCCGAGGACGGGAUGAGCGGCCCGCAGCUGCUCGGCUCCGGAGAGGGGCUGACCUACAAUGAUUUCCUCCUCUUGCCCGGAUACAUUGAUUUCAGCUCUGAACAAGUGGACCUGACCUCUGCCCUCACCAAGAAGAUCACGCUGAAGACGCCGUUGGUCUCGUCGCCGAUGGAUACGGUUACCGAGGCCAACAUGGCGAUCGCCAUGGCACUGAUGGGGGGAAUCGGGAUCAUCCAUCACAACUGUACACCUGAGUUCCAGGCCAACCAGGUGCGGCGUGUCAAGAAGUACGAGCAGGGCUUCAUCACGGACCCGGUGGUGCUGAGCCCCCGGCACCUUGUGCGAGACGUGUUUGAGGCAAAGGCACGGCACGGGUUCUGCGGGAUCCCCAUCACAGACACGGGAACGCUGGGCGGGCGACUGGCCGGGAUCAUCUCCUCCCGGGACAUCGACUUCUUGGGGGAGAGCGAGCAGGAGCUGCCCCUGGAGCAGGUCAUGACCCGGAGGGAGGAGCUGGUGGUGGCCCCGGCAGGCGUGAGGCUGAAGGAGGCGAAUGAGAUCCUGCAGCGCAGCAAGAAAGGGAAGCUGCCGAUUGUGAACGAACAGGACCAGCUGGUGGCCAUCAUCUCCCGUACGGACCUGAAGAAGAACCGCAACUACCCGCUCGCCUCCAAGGACAGCAAGAAGCAGCUGCUGUGUGGAGCCGCCAUCGGCACCCACCCCGAUGACCGCUACAGACUCGAGCUGCUGGUGCAGGCGGGGGUGGACGCCCUGGUCCUGGACUCCUCCCAGGGGAAUUCCAUCUUCCAGAUUGAGAUGAUCCAGCACAUCAAGGAGAAGUUUCCCGAUCUGCAGGUCAUCGGCGGCAAUGUGGUGACGGCGGCGCAGGCCAAGAACCUGAUCGAUGCGGGGGUGGACGGGCUGCGGGUCGGCAUGGGCAGCGGCUCCAUCUGCAUCACCCAGGAAGCUGCGCCCAGGAUUCCUCCAGAUAUAAAGUCCCUCAGCCCCAAACUCCCAUCAACUGUCUUGGGAUCCUUUAUGCUGGCGGUGGGCCGGCCCCAGGCAACGGCUGUCUACAAGGUGGCAGAAUACGCCCGCAGGUUCAGCGUGCCCGUCAUUGCAGAUGGCGGCAUCCAGACCGUGGGACACAUCGCCAAGGCCCUGGCACUGGGGGCCUCUACAGUGAUGAUGGGCUCUCUCCUCGCGGCCACUAGCGAGGCUCCUGGGGAGUAUUUCUUCACGGAUGGGGUGAGGCUGAAGAAGUACCGGGGGAUGGGCUCGGUGGACGCCAUGGACAAGCACCUGGGCAGCCAGAGCCGCUACUUCAGCGAGUCGGACAAGAUCAAGGUGGCACAGGGAGUGUCGGGCGCCGUGCAGGACAAGGGCUCCAUCCACAAGUUCGUGCCAUACCUCAUAGCUGGCAUUCAGCACGCCUGUCAGGACAUCGGUGCCAAGAGUCUCACGCAGCUCAGGGUCAUGAUGUACUCGGGUGAGCUGAAGUUUGAGAAGAGAACGUUGUGCGCUCAGCUGGAAGGCGGGGUACAUGGGCUGCAUUCGUACGAGAAGCGACUGUUCUGAUACCUGUGAGGAGUGGCCCUGGGUCUGUCCAGACAAACAUCUGCCUCCUGUUUGCUUCAGUGACCUCUGGACCGUGGGCCUGGGACGUGUGGCUACUGACUGACUGACCAUUUGUCAAUGCUGUUGGGCAUGUUUUAUUUUUGUAAAAGGAGAUGUUUGUGAUGACAGUGUGGCGCGUAGCUGCUCGGUGUCUCCCCGCUGCUGCCGGCUGUGGGGUGGAGUGGAACCUGGCCCCGGCUCACCGCUGGGGAAUGUCCACGGUGAGCUGGGCCUCCCUGUGGCCGAGCUGUGUGAUUACUGUGUGUCCGUAAAACGUUAAACGGGAUGGUGUGCUACAAACUGUUUGCCUGGAAGAUCCGUGUUUGGAGAACAAUGAACGGUUCCAAAUGUUUGCA